AGUCUGGAUGCGCUCUCGCCGCUGUGUCCCGCUGAACUCCUGUGAAUGACAGACACGCAGCAGACGGACACUAAUCUCUCCAGAGUCCAACACGGCUGUCUGGAAUGAUGGGUGACGUUCAGUUUGUUACGGGAUCUCAUGUCUCCAAGACGACUCUGACUCUGGGACGAGGUUCCCCCAGCAAAGAGCCCCCUGUUUUUACCCUCCCGCCACGUAAUACCCGCGUCUGCCAAGGGGGUACCGCGCGCCUUGAAGGGAAGGUGCGUGGUUUUCCAGAGCCCCAGGUUUGCUGGUUUAGGAAAGGGAAGCUACUGAUAGCAGGAGAUCAUUAUUCAAUGGAACACAGUGCUCGUGGAAGCUUUAGUCUGGUGGUCCAGGAAGUCCAGGAUGACGAUGGAGGACGGUACACCUGUGAAGCUGUCAAUGAUGCUGGGAGCUGCCAGGUCACAGUGGAGAUCAUUGUGGAAGGAAAUGCAGGGAAAAAAUACAGUCUUCCUUCCUCCAACAGAGCAGGUGGAUCUCUGGGUGUUCCUGCAGUAGAGAACAGACCCAGUAUCUGGGGUGAAAGCCCCCCAAAGUUUGUGGCUAAACCUUCUCGCCUGUAUCUCAAAGUGGGACAGAGCGGCAAAUUCUCAGCCAAGACCACGGGACGACCCCAGCCACUGGUGCAGUGGUAUAAGGGAGAAGAGAAGAUCCAGCAGUCAGAUCACUUUAACAUGUUUGAGAGGUCAGGAAUGCAUUUCCUGGAGAUACGCCACAUGUGCUCAGAGGACGCUGGUGUCUACAGCUGUCUGGUGGCCAACAGUGCUGGGAAAGCCUCUGCAGCCGCUGAACUCAUUGCUCAAGAUGGAGACGCUGAAACAGUCACAAUGCCCAAACCAUCUCAAGAUCUCUCUACACAAUCUGUGGUCAAGCACAGCACCAACGGUCUGGACACUGAACAGAAAACGUCUAGCACAUCCGUCCGAACUGCAACCGCAGAGACAAGCGCACCGCUGUCCACUGCUGCUGUAGCCAGUGUUCAUUCUGUGACCAGAACAGAGGCACCGAAAAUAACAUCUUCACCAUCCUCACAACCUAUCAGCAAGUCCACAGAUGGAAGAUCAGCAGCUGGUCAAAAGACAUCACACUUUGCGAAGGAAAGAAGUCAGAACAUUGUAAAGAAAGAGUCGCAUGGCAUCAGAAGAGCUUGGGAUUCGUUCAGAGCUCCAGAAGAGAUUCCUGAAGCAUCACAGCGGGAGUCGAGCAGAGACGUUCGCCAGGAAACCAAAGAGAGCAAAACAGACUUUCUAGAAACUCCACCCAGUUUUGAAUCCCAGCCCGAGAGCCAAGAGGUUGUGCAGGGUGAAAAGGUCACGUUCAGAUGCCAAGUGUCUGGGUCUCCAGUGCCGACAGUGAGCUGGCUGAAGGAUGGAGCUCCUCUGAGACAGAGAUCAGGCGUCAGCACGCGACAGGAGGGCAGUCUGCAUGUCCUGUGUCUGGAGAGCGCUCACAUAACUGACACGGGACAGUACGGCUGCACUGCUGCCAACAAAAGAGGAAAGACUGCGGCCCACUGCAGCCUGACUGUCAAACGUGUGAGGGUGGAGGCCAAGCCCCCUGUGUUCAGCUCUCCUCUGAAGGAUUGUUCAGUGUUAGAGGGACAGGACUUCUUGCUGCAGUGCUCAGUGGAGGGCAAACCACUGCCUGAGCUCACCUGGCUGCACAACGAUCAGCCCGUUCCAUAUUCCCACACUGUGUUUGAGGAGAGUACGGCUCAGCUGACGGUUAAGGCAGCUGUUCUGGAGGAUGCAGGCAUGUAUUCGUGUGUCGCAGUGAAUGGUCAGGGCAGAGCUGUGUGUACAGCUCAUGUGCUGGUUAAAGAUCAGCCCGUUCCAUAUUCCCACACUGUGUUUGAGGAGAGUACGGCUCAGCUGACGGUUAAGGCAGCUGUUCUGGAGGAUGCAGGCAUGUAUUCGUGUGUCGCAGUGAAUGGUCAGGGCAGAGCUGUGUGUACAGCUCAUGUGCUGGUUAAAGGAAAUCCUGCCCCUGAGGUGGUCUGGCUGCAUAAUGGAAAAGAGAUCCAAGAGUCUGAGGAUUUUCAUUUUGAGAGGAAGGGCUGUCAGUAUACUCUCUUCAUACAGGAAGUGUUUCCUGAGGACACAGGGACUUACACCUGUGAGGUGUGCAAUGAAGCCGGAGUCGCUCGCACCGAAGCCUCACUCACGGUACAAGAGCCUCAAGAUGGAGUUCAGCCCUGGUUCAUCACUAAAACCAAGUCCACUGCCGCCUCCCUGGGUCAACACGCUCUGCUGUCCUGUGCGAUCGCUGGCGACCCCUUCCCAGAAUUCCUCUGGAUGAAGGAUGGGCAGGUCAUAUCUGGAGGUGGGGACUUUGAGAUCCUACAGAAGGAAGACGUUGUCUCAUUGCUCAUCAGGAAAGUGAAGACACAUCAUGCUGGAAACUAUGAGAUUCAUCUCAAGAAUAAAGUAGGAGAAUGCAGGUCAGUGGCAGCUCUGCAGGUCAGCGAGGACCCCAUGCCAUCUGGUGAUGAUUCUCAUAAACGCCGAGGGGUGGAGAGGACUGCGGCAGGCAGGGGAGGACAGCUGGAGACUCCCAGCGCUGCAGCGUCGCACUCCGAGCAACUCUGGGAACACGGCAGUCAGGAUCAGGAAGAAGAGGAGGGCUGUGCCACCCGUGGGCUUCUCAAACGGUGCGGGGAGACAAAGGAGCAUCGGGAAGACCAGAUCCGUCAGCAGGAGGCCGAACAGAUCGACUUCAGAACCGUGCUCGGCCGCAAGGUCACCACUAAGAGCGUCUCUGAGGAAGACCUGAAGGAGAUCACGGCCGAGCAGAUGGACUUCAGGGGGAACCUCCAACGGCAGAUCAAGCCCAAGACCCAGACAGAAGAGGAACGCAAAGUCAACUCUCCACAGCAGGUGGACUUCAGAGCAGUGCUGGGAAAGAAGGGAAGCCAAGGCCCAAAACCCAGUCUCGGAUCCUUAGUGAAAGCACAAGCCAACAAAACUGAAGCUGUUGACUUCAGAUCCGUGUUAGGCAACAAGAAAAAACAACCAAGCCAGGACAGGAACAGAGAAAGCCAAGGCGAUAAAGAUGCCCGAGGAAAGGAAAACGAUGUGAAUUGUGUGGAUGGAGGGAUAAAAGAAAAAACAAAAGAGCCCGUUUUUACGCAGAAACUGAGUGACGUGACGGUAUUGGAUGGGGAACGUUUGCAUCUGCAGUGCCAACUUUCCUCUGAGUCUCCUGCUAAAGUGACAUGGACGCUUGAUGGAAAACUCAUCAAACCAUCCAAAUUCAUUGUCAUUGCUAACGAGGGUGGUAAGUGCUCUCUGAGCAUUGAUAAAGCUCUGCCUGAGGAUGAAGGACAGUAUGUUUGCAGGGCGGAGACUAACGAGGGCAAGACAGAGUGUUCCUGUAUGGUCCUAGUGGAUGAUCCCAGUGUCUCCACACCAGCUGAUAAGCGGAGCAGGAAGCCCUCUACCCCGACCACAGAGAAUGAGGCCAAAAUAAAGAAACCCACACCCAAAACACUUCCUAAACAAGGUGCUCCUCCUCAGAUCCAGCAGUUCCCUGACGAUAUGAAGAUCCUGGCGGGUCAGGAGGUCAGUCUGCUGUGUCAGUUCACUGGAGCUCAGCCCAUCAGCUGCACCUGGCUCAAGUUCCGCAAACCAAUUCAGGAAGGUCAGGGCAUCUCGGUAGUGAGCACAGACAGCAGCAGUCAGCUGACCAUCACAGAAGGACAGCAGGAGCACUGCGGCUGCUACACCAUCGAGCUCAAGAACAGCUGCGGCGUGAGACAGGCCGCCCUCAACCUCACUAUAGUCGAUAAGCCCGACCCUCCUGCUCGUGUCCCGGCAUCCUCAGACAUCCGUAAGUCCAGCCUCACACUGUCCUGGUACGGGCCGACAUACGACGGCGGCAGCGCCGUCCAGUCCUACAACCUGGAGACGUGGAGCUCUGUGGACAUGAAGUGGACAGAUCUGGCGUCCUGUAACAGCACCUCCUAUAACGUGCAGAACCUGCUUCCAGACAGGCAGUACAAGUUCCGAGUGCGAGCGGUGAAUAUUUAUGGUGUGGGAGAGCCCAGCGCUGAGUCUGCACCCGUGCAGGUGGGGCUGGAGGCCGAGGAGGAAAAUAAAGAUGAAGCUGAGCCUUCAGAUGAUGAAUCAGAGAAGGAACCGCAUUACAGAAAUGUGACGAUCAGGACAGAUGUGAAGGUGAAGGACCUGUAUGAUGUGGAAGACAGACUGGGCACAGGGAAAUUCGGGACUGUUUUCAAACUGAUAGAAAAGUCCACAAAAAAGGUGUGGGCUGGCAAAUUCAUAAAAGCAUAUUCUGCCAAAGAAAAAGACAAUGUCAGACAGGAAAUAGCGAUCAUGAAUGACCUGCAUCACCCAAAGCUUGUGCAGUGUGUCGACGCUUUUGAGGGAAAGACUGACAUUGUAAUGGUGCUGGACAUGAUCUCUGGAGGAGAGCUGUUUGAGAGGAUCAUAGACGAGGACUUUGAGCUGACGGAGAGAGAGGUGAUCAAAUACAUGCUUCAGAUUGUGGAUGGAGUCAAUUUCAUCCAUAAGAAAGGCAUCGUCCACCUGGAUCUCAAACCUGAGAACAUCAUGUGUGUCAAUAAGACCGGCAGCAAAAUCAAACUCAUUGACUUUGGACUGGCACGCAGACUGGAGAAUGCUGGCUCUCUGAAAGUCCUGUUUGGCACCCCAGAGUUUGUGGCUCCAGAGGUGAUUAAUUAUGAGGCCAUCAGUUACACGACAGACAUGUGGAGUAUAGGAGUCAUCUGCUACAUCCUCGUCAGUGGUUUGUCUCCCUUCAUGGGGGACAAUGACAACGAGACGCUUUCUAACGUGACCUCAGCGACGUGGGACUUUGAGGACGAGGCAUUUGAUGAGAUCUCAGUCGAGGCCAAAGACUUUAUCAGUAACCUGCUGAAGAAAGACAUGAAAGCUCGCCUGAGCUGCGAUCAGUGUUUCCAGCACCCCUGGCUCAAACAGGACACCACCAAUAUGGAGACCAAGAAGCUUUCCAAAGAGAGGAUGAAGAAAUACAUUCUGAGAAGAAAGUGGCAGAAAACAGGGCAUGCGGUUCGAGCUAUCGGUCGACUGUCUAACAUGGCAUUGAUGGCAGGCGUUCAUGCCAAAAAGAGCUCCCCCACUGAAGCAGAGGAUAAACAGUUUUCUGCUGAAUUGGAGGAGAAAACUCUAAUGAAACCCACGUUCAGUAAUGUUAUUAAAGACGUUGAGGUGGUGGAAGGCAGUGCUGCUCGAUUCGACUGCAGAAUCGAAGGUUAUCCUGACCCUGAGGUGGUGUGGUAUAAGGACGACCAGCCGAUUAAAGAGACGCGCCAUUUUCAGAUCGAUUAUGACGAAGAUGGAAAUUGCAGUCUUGUUAUUUCUGAGGUCAGCGGUGAUGAUGACGCAAAGUACACCUGCAAGGCCAUGAACAGCGUCGGGGAGGCCAGCUGCACCGCCGAACUCAUCGUGGAGGUGAUGGGACGAGAGGAGGAGGAGGAGGAGGAAGAGUAGAAGACAACCUCUUUUGUCACGUUUCUCUUUUACACCUGUCUUUCGGACUUUCAGAUGAUGAGGAUGAUGAAGACCUCAGAUCACCUUUUGCUGCAUUUCCUUCAUUGCACUUCCAGUUUGUUCUUUUUGUAUUUAUGCAACAGCCAGAUAUCAGAUUUGUUCAUCACAUGACAUCAAUAUUACUCACAUUCUUCAUUGUCAUGUUUUACUCCAACCAAACAUUUCUAAACUCACAUGUGUGUUUGUGUGAUGAUCAUCGCUCGUGACUGUGUGAGCCGAGCUGUUACGACAGCUUUAUUUAAGCACUGCAAACUCAUGUAAGGUUGUGUGUUUUUGUUUGGAGACGUUUUCCUCCUCUUUCACCAUCUGUCACAGUAGCAGCACUCAACAGAUAUUUGGAGACACGUGUUAAAUGUAUGUUUAUUUGAUUAGGAAUGUCUGUGGAUUAUAUUUCUUGAAAUGUUUUUUAGAUAUAUACGCGUUUGAUAAAGUGCAGAUUGCAUUGUAAUGAGAACACUACAAAUGUAGUUAUUCACUUUUAAAGAAUACAUUUUGAUCACAAACACUGUAAGUUGUUGUGCUCACUUAAAAAACAGAGUCAUUGAAAGUUGUUAAAAAAAUGUAUGACAGUCAUAAUCCAGUGCAUCCUUGCUGCUUUUACACAACUAAGGAAAAUAUUAAAGGACACAAUUAAUUAAAAUGUUAUUUUACUAAGCUAAUUCCAAAAUAAAUGAAGAGUAAAAAUUAAAACGCAUCAUGUCCUACAACAUCAAAAAAAAAAAAAAUGUUGGGAAAUUUUGUCUAUUACAGAACAUCACUUUUUUCCCCCCGUAUUUUUCAUAUUUUGGUCACUGUUACUUUCUAGGAUUGGAGACAUCCUGAAGUAUAGUCAGGGGCAUUAAGUUCACCUUUGUUUCGAGUCUUAAAUUAAAACAGGCCCGUUCUAUGAGGUAACUAACAGCACACUCUUCGCCAGAUGGCGCUGUGUUGUCACAACUAUAAAUUCAAUGUCUUGUCUCAAGAUAUUUUGGACAUAAAACAGUUGUGACCCUGGACCACAAAACCCC